GUGGUUUCUUGGACUUCAGUUGUUGCUGGGUGCUCUCAACAUGAGAGGAAUGGAGAAGCAAUUUGUUAUUUUCACAGAAUGUUGAAAACAGGUCUUAGGGCUGAUAAAGCAUUGCUCGUUUGUGCUCUAACUGCAUGUGCAGGGUUGAUGGAUUCUAAAAAAGGGUUUAAAAUCCAUGCCUUGAUUCUGAAACACGGAGUUGGAAGUGAUGUGAUUGUUGGAAGUGUUCUUGUGAUGUUGUAUGCAAGAUGUGGAGGUUUCAGUGAAGCUAUAAGAAUCAUUAAUCAUAUGCCAUUAGUUGAUGACUUCUCGUGGAGUGUGUUGAUAGCUGAAUAUGCGAAGCAUGGGUUUAUAGAUAGUGCGAUUAAACUAUCUGACUGCUUGGAGAAGAAGAGUGUUCCAUUGUGGAAUGCCCUCAUUGGAGGUUAUUCUGAACUUGGAAUGAAUGAGGAGGCUCACAAAGCUUUUGGAAAAAUGCAAUUGGAGGGAAAAAAGGGUGAUGAGUUCACCUAUGGAAGCCUUCUGUUAGCUUCUGAUCUUGUUGGCUUGAGUUAUGGUGAACAACUCCAUUCACAAACUAUCAAGCUAGGCAUUGAUUCUUCUGUUUUUGUCGGCAGUGCUCUUAUUGACAUGUACAGCUACAACUUCGAGUGUGAAGCCGCUAUAAGAAUAUUUGAUGUAUUAGACGAACCAAACCUUGUGUGCUGGAAUUCAUUGAUCUCUGGGUUAGGAUUGAACAAAUUGGAUGGUAAAGCUCUAUGCGCACUUCGUCUAAUGAUGGUUUUUGGGCUAGUCCCAGAUAACAUCACAUUAUCACUUAUUCUUGAUUCAUGCUCAAAUUUACGAGCAUUAAGGGAGGGAGUACAGAUUCACACACUUGCCAGUAAAUUAGGGCUUGAAUCAGGUGUUGUUGCUGGGUGUGCUCUUAUAGACAUGUAUGCAAAAUGUGACAGAAUAAUAUAUGCGUCUCGUGUAUUCUAUGAAUUGCAAGAUCAUAGUGUAAUUACUUGGACUGCAAUUGUGGGUGGUUAUAUGAGAUGUGGAAUGUGGGAUGAGGCAAAAGAAUUGUUUGAUAUAAUGCCAGAGAGGAAUAUAGUUUCAUGGAAUGCAAUGAUUUCAGGAUGUGUGAAACUUGGCCGUUGUACAGAAGCACUUCAGCUCUACCAUCAAAUGCAUAAUUCGGGUAUUUUACCCGAUCAAAUAACUUUAGUUAGUCUGCUAACUAUCUGCUACAACUUUUUGCUAAAAGAGAAUGGGAAGCAGAUUCAUGCCCAGGUAAUAAAAAAUGGGUAUCAUAUAAACAAUCAUGUAACUAUGGUGUUGACAGAAAUGUAUCACAAACUUGAAGUACAUCCGUAUAGUGUAUUGUCUUUUGGGUCAUCUGAUCCAGUGCUUGGCAAUGGUACGGUAGAGCCAGAUGCUCUUUCAGGGAAUAAUUAAUGUCUGUUUGGCUUGGUUUCUGAAAUAACUUUUCUACUUCGAGAAACAACAACCAGAUUGUUGGGAAGCAAAACAUCGUGUGACAGGAGGCUUGAAUAAGAAGAAUUUCCAUCUUGAAGCUUCUGGUACUGCUUGUGCAGCAAGGAAGGAUGUUAAUGGAAAAGCUGUUUGGACUUUGUUGAUCAAUUCGAACAGCACUUUAGCAUGAGCCCCAGGUGGGCCAACUGGACCUAAGCAGUGUGGCUUUCUUUUGUGCUAGCUUUAAUUGGAAAGUUUAGGAAGGAAUCACAUCAAAGCUAGCUUAUUCAAUUUCCUUCUAAAUGAGAUGAUGCGUAUUAGCUCUGUGCAGUGAAACUGUACCAUCCCACUCUUAACAUUCGAUUGUUGCCUGGUCGACAGGUGAUAGAGUCUUGUCCAAUUUCUGGAAGUGUAACAAUCUUGAAAGGAGGCGUGUGAGUGUGAAUUGGUUGAUGUUAAGAACUAACCAUGCAGAUCAGGCAAAUCAGAAAAUGUUUCCAAAUUAAUUCCUGCUUCUUCAAGAUUGACAAAUCUCUGCAAAUUUGAAGAAUAUGCUUCGGUCUUGUUAUUUGUGAGCUGGAUAAAUGCAAAAGCUUCGGAAGUGCAAGCAGAUUAAACAAGUCCUCGAUGUUAACCUGGGGAUCGGAGUCCAGGAGAAGGUAUUCUAAGGCAAGUGGACAGUGGGGCUCAUCUCAUGUGGCUAAAAGUUGUUUAUUUGGAUUUGAUGAUCAUGAGACGCGCACAUGGAGCAGGUCUGAUCAAGCCAAGCCUCAACUCAAUCGACGCAUUUGUUUUGUUCCAUCCAGUAGCUCCCACCAAAACGGUCGGCUCAAUUAGAUGCUGUCCCGUGGGUUACGAGAAGAUGCCGCUUCUGAUGCCACAAAAUAACAACCCCCCUCCUCGUAAGUUUCAGCUGUCAGAGAAGGCACCACCAAGGCAUUUCAUAAUGUUCUUCGCAGCUGGGCUUCAAAAAAGUUCAUGACUGGAUGUGUGAUCCUCUUUCCAAUAGCAGUUACUUCUAUAUCACAUGGUG